UAAUUUUGGUUUUCCUCAGACUUUGUUAGUUGUCGAAGUUAGGUUAGAGGAUGAAUUCGAACUCGAAGUCGAACUAGUUUAAGCGAACGAAGUAUUGUUGUUUGGGUUCGUGUGUGUGUUUCUGUGUCGUGAUUGUGCUGUUGGCUGUUGGAUCUAUUUUCUGAAUACGUACUAGAAUAUUAUGAGAAAAAUGCUUAAGUGAAUCGAUAUUCCACAAACUAAUAUUUUGAAGAAUGUCUGGGGUGAGUCUGAAUGGAUCCUGCGAGACGAUGGACAACAGUGGCCGAGCUUUGAAACUCCAGACUGAUGCCCCACACCUGGUCAGCAUGGGCGGUGACAGGCUCAGCACAUCCGUCACACUACACCCUCUUCCUCAAGGUAGGGUGGUUUUGGGAAGUGGACCAUGUGUGGAUAUUCUAGUACAAGGCACUGGAGUAUCUCCAGUACACUGUCACAUUGAGAACAGCGAGGGCGUUGUAACAAUUUAUCCGUUGGCAGAUAAUCUUUCAAUCGAUGGAAUCAAAAUCACAACGCCUACACGGCUGUCUCAAGGUGCUAUGCUGACGAUCGGACGGUCGAACUACAUGAGAUUCAACCAUCCCGCCGAAGCGAAAUUGAUGAAGUCCGUGCUACCGAAUCCGAGAAUCUCGAUGCCGUCCAUGAGUUUCGAGCAAGAAGGCCAAAUUCAGACGGUCAAAUUCCUCAAGAAACCCCCGGCCGUACCAAAGAAGAGCCCUAGAGAGUCGUUCUCGGACAGCGGCAGCGAAGAGCCGCCGUCCAGCAUCAUGACCAAAGUGUCCAAGUUCGAGUAUCUGGCCGCUCAAAAUCUGAAGAAGUCAAUUUCGCCGAAGGUGUUCUCCUCUAGCGCCGUCACCGUAAAUACCCCGGCCAAGGACGUGCUAGGGAAAUCUCCGCCAGAUCUGCAUAACUUGGCCAAAAACCUACCGCAAAGCGCCUUGAAUUAUUCCGAACUGAAUCAUAACGAAAAGCAGAAGGUUAAAGUGAGGGAUUGGCCGUUGUUUGGGAAAAAGUCUCCACUGUAUGUCAACGUAGAGUUGAAUGAUGCGAAGAAUAUUAAUAACAGAGUCGUGAUUUACGAAAACGGUAUCAAGCAACAAAACAUCAAUUUAGAUGAAGACAACGAGAACUUCAACAAAACUUCCAGCGGCAGUAAAAAUAUCAACGCCCAAAAAGUGAUUAUUCCAUCUCCAGGAUACGACAGAAAUCCAGGUCCGUAUAACCGCAGCGUCACACCAAGUCCUGUACAUAAAAACUUGAAAGCAAUUCAUAGACGAAGUAACUCACUGGAUCAACUGGUGAAUGGUAGUAUAUAUGACAAUACAGAAGAAUUACACGAAAGGAAGAAAGAAGCAGAAAUCAAGAGGAAUCAGGCUCAACAAGACAGAAUUAAAGAGCAGGAAUUAGAGAAAGCAGAGCAAGCUAGACUGGAGGAGAUUUUGAAUAUGUGUGCUGAAUAUGAGAAGCAGUCACAAAAUGAUAAGAAUAAACCAGUAACUCCCAAUAGGAUAAAAACAAAUGGUUCACUCCCAAGAGAUAAGCGUCAACAAAUCUCGCAAGGUCCUUUAGGUUCACCUUAUAGUACUCCACCGUCAUCGCCAGGCAUAUUUGAUUUCCAAAAGUCUAGUCAGCAUGCCUACGAGAACACACCCCUGAAUUUUCCACUACCCAGAAAAACAGUUACGUCAAAUUACGAAAAUAUAGACUUCACACCCCCGGAAAUAUCCAGUGGUGAACGUAAAAAUGAUUUUAAUAAUUAUGAGAACAUAAAGUAUCAGUCUACCCCUACCAGUCACUACCCCAAUUCUCCAAGAACUCGAAUAAAGACUUUUGUUACUGCCAGUAAGGAAAGUUCACCGAAAGAUGCAACGAAUAUAAUCGAAAACAAGUUUACAAUCCUAGAAAAAGAACAGUACCUAUUAGAGAAUCUGAAUAGAACUAAAGAUACAAUAGAAGACAACAGUAUUGAAAACAACAACAGAAAACCAACACCUACAAAAUUCAUUUUACCUUUGGACGAUGUAGACUUGGUGCAAGACACAAAAGUAAACAAUUAUAAUACAACAAGCAGCUUCAGUAAUUCAAAUCGCACAAACAAAUCGAGCAGAUCUGGAUAUCAGAGUUUGAAGACAGAAAAGAAAAAGCUUUUGGAUGCGGUUGGAAAUCUGAAAACCCUCAUUUCUGAAAUAGAAAUUCAAGAGGAAGAAUUGCAUAUAGAGAUGGACAUGGAAAGAGCACUUCUAUCGGGUGAACACAAAUCCAAAAUUCUGGAUUUGGAUAAUCUCAAGUCGAAAAAAGAAAAACUUUUGAAACAGGCCCAAAAGGUAGAAAGUAUUAUGCAGGAAGCCCAGCACAAACAAACCGAAAAUGAGAGGACAUGCCAAGAUCGGCUAAAAGCAGCUCAAGAAAAAAUGGCAGAAGUAGAAAAAAGACUUGCCUCCACUGAUAAAACAACAGAGGAAUAUGAAACAGUAUUUGAAAAUUAUCUUAAAUGCCAGGAAAUUUUGGAUAGUGAGAGGAAAUCUUUUGAAGAUUUAGAAUUCCACCACUUAGAAGAGGAGGCGAAUUGGCUAGCUACAAGAGAAGAAAUACAAAGAGAAAUUUUAGAUUUAAGUCACAGAAUUGAAAAUUUACAGAAACAAAUACAUGACUUGGGCCAACAGAGCAUAGACGCCGCAAAUGCUAAUAAUAAAGAGUACAAAUCGUUAGAAAGCCAAAAAAUCAAUUGCCUAGUUAGGUUAGAGGAAGUAAGAAAUAGACUGAAGGAUGUUGAUGCAAAAUUAGCUGAAUUCUCCGACCAAGAAUCUGAACACGAAAUGACCAGUGACACAGAUAGUGAUAAGUCCAGAGAUCUGUUCCAACACGAUUUCAAUAUUUUGAAAGAUUUGAGUUGUUCUAUCAUUGUCAGUAAUUCAAAUAUACCAUCCCAGCACGGUUUCUUGAUGUCCCAUUCUUUGAAUGAUAAGUUGAUGCAAGACAAGAUGAUUCUCGAACCUGGUAUAGAGAAAAAGUUCCCCAGCCAAGAUGAUAUUGAUCGAAUCAGUAAGGUAACUUCUGAUUCACCAAUUGAUAUCGCUUCCUUAAACAGGAAAACAAUCGAAUCUUUGAAAGAAAUCGAAAGGAACAGGCAUCUCCAUCUGUGUCAACAAGGCUCUCAAGUGAUCGAACAGGAAAGACAAAGGGUACAAGCUUUGAAGGAACGCGCUCAGCAAGAAGUGAAGAGCAAAUGGGCUCAGAGAUUACAAGAUUGUGCCUCUAUGACAUCUACUGGUUCUGAGGAAACGGCUAGCGGGGAAAAAACAGAUGACAGUAAUACCGAUAGGAACGAAGUGAAAGAAACAUCUAGUUCCCCAGAUCAGUCAGAUGCGAGUCGAAAUGAGAAUGAAGAAGCAGCCUUGCAGCAACGACCACUAUCAGAAUUGAGCGAGAUGAGUCUGGAGGGCGGAACCUUCAGGAAACGGGCUAAACCAGCUACCGAUAAACAGCGUCCUCUAACCAGAUACUUACCAAUCAAGGGCAGCGACUUGGAUCUGCGACAGCAUAUCGAAUCAGCCGGACACCAGGUGGUCUUGUGUCCUCACGUCUUGAUUAAUACCACCAGUUGCAGGGGGUUCUUGCAUAAAAGAGGCUCGAAACUGAACGGUUGGUCAAGAAGAUGGUUUGUUUUCGACAGAAGUAAACACACGUUUUCGUACUACGCUGAUAAGAAUGAGAAGAAAGCGCGAGGCGGAGCAUAUUUUCAGGCUAUCGAAGAAGUUUAUGUGGAUCAUUCUAAAUCAGUUAAAUCACCAAAUCCUCAAUUGACAUUCAUUGUUAAAACGCACGAGAGAUACUAUUAUCUCAUGGCACCAUCUCCAGAAGCUAUGAGGAUUUGGGUUGAUGUUAUAUUCACAGGAGCUGAAGGAUAUCAAGAAUUUGAAUAUGGAACAUGAAUGUUGUUAUAUGGAAAUUGAUUGGAAAAUCUGUAUGAUUCUGUUUUAUCGCGAACAGAAAACUUUCAAACUAUUCGAAAUUUUUUACCAGAAGAAUGUGAUAUUCGAAAAAUCUGUACUAGUUACCGUAAGUUUUAUUACAUCAACUGCUCCCUCAGAAAAUUGAGAUUUCGAUACUGUGAAGUGCCUUGAAUAGGAUUAUACCUUCUUUUUUAAAUACCUUCCUAUUUAUACAGACAAAUUCACUAUUCUGGAAAUUUUACCGAUGGAACAAAUGGUGCUCUUAUAUUUAGAUCAUGAAUCUAUUAAUUUUAAUUAACAUCAUCAAAUGCCUUAAUGGAUAAUAUUACUAAUUUUAAGAACAUAUCUAAUAAGACUGUUUAUAUUCAAUUGAAGGCCUUAAAUUUAUAGAACUGACUGUAAAUAAAUAGUAUUAGUAAUA